AUGUCAGCCUCAUACGGACAUUUAGUUCUCAUUUCCAUCGUGGGGGCAAUCUCCAUCUACGCCUUCCGCGUCGCCUCUACCAGGCGGCGAGCGAAAGGUGCGAAAGCCCCUCCAGGACCCAAAGGGUGGCCGGUUGUCGGCAACGCCCCUGAGCUCGCCAGCUCGGAUGGAAACCUCAUUCCUAUCUUCAACAGAUGGGCCAAGAUUUAUGGAGACAUCGUUCAGUUCAGUAUUUUGGGCGAGAAACAGAUUGUGUUGUCUAGUGACAAGAUUGCACACGAGCUGUUUGUGAAACGAGGCCCCAAGUACUCUGACAGGGGCACGCCUCAUGCGAUGGCGUAUAUCACCAGGGAUCUCAAUCCAGCAUUGAUGCCCAAGAACGAGGCUUGGAGGCGAGAGCGAAAACUCAUCCAUAGCGCAAUCUCCAUCACUUCCAACGACAAAUACCUGGAGUUGAUGGAAGAGGAGGCCAAGCUUACCAUGCGUGAUCUUGUUGAUGACCCCAGUAACUUCGAUAACCACAUGAAGCGCUAUGCCUUUGGUGUCCUUACCAGAUCCAUGUUGGGCUUCCGUGUGUCUUCAGCAGACGACCCGUUCAUCACCGAGACUGAUUCCUUCAUCGACGAAGCAAUGAAGUGUUUCCGCCCAGAUGAGUACCCUGGAAACGUCUUUCCGUUUCUACGCUACCUGCCAACCUGGUUGGUCCCAUCACUUGGCAAUAUGGAGCGGAUCAAGAACAAGGCGUACGACGAGAUCUUCAAACUUCAGAAAAAGAUCGAGCUUUCCGUUAAGAAGGGCACAGCAAGCCCCAGCACUUAUCGGCAUUUCUUUGAAAACAGAGAUGAGUAUGUGAUCAGUAAUGAGGAAGCUGGGUACGCAUUCGACAGUAUGAUUGGUGGCGGAACCAGGUCACCAUACAACGCAUUGUUGACUUUUCUGUACCUCAUGAUGGAGUUCCCCGAGUGGCAGGACAAGCUGCAGAGGCAUGUUGACCAGGUUGUCGGGCCAGAUCGACUCCCAUGUUUUGCGGAUAUCCCCAACCUUCCGAUGGUCAGGGCAGUCGUCAAGGAGGGCAUUCGGUAUCGCUCGAUAAUGGCGGAGCUCGGUAUCCCUCACCGGCUCGAGGAAGACGACAUCUACGACGGGUACUUCUUCCCGAAAGACACCGUGUUUCAUGCGAAUUAUGCCGCCAUUCUCAUGGAUAAGGACACAUACCCAGACCAACAACCAUUCAACCCGGCCCGUUGGCUUCAACCUUCGUAUCCAACAUACAAGGAGCCACUUACUGUGCACCCCAACUGUCAAAACUUCACUCCUUUCGGCUACGGUCGUCGAGCAUGCCCUGGGUACGACUUUGCAGAGCGCACGUUGGUCAUCUUGGUGGCCCAGAUUGCAUGGGCUUAUGAAGUCAAGAAGCCAAUCGAUCCGAAAACCAACAAGCCUGUUGUUAUCGACAUGAAGUACGAGCCAACACCGAACCCACGGCCUUUGCCCUUUCCGUGCGAUAUCAGACCCAGAAGUGUGGAUAGGUCGAAGCUGGUGAAGCUAGAGGCUGCGAGAUGUGAAGUUGCGUGA